AAAAUAUUUUCGUUAUUUGUCGACAGUUCCGUUGCCCGCAAGAAAAUCUCAACUUGCAAGAACUAUCUCUCUGCCAUUUCUUGAUUUCUAUAAAUCAAUCUAAAAAUACGCCUUCCGAUUUCGAAGAGAAGAAAAAGGAGAGGAUACUCUGUUGACUGCUUCCGACAGAUUUGUUUCGACUUUGCAACGGAUCCACGAGUCAUGAAUGCAUCUACUUCCCGGCCUCAAUCGCUUGGCCAGACUGAGAUUAACUGGGACAAGCUUGACAAGACUAAAUUUUAUGUCGUGGGUGCUGGCCUCUUUACAGGGGUUACUGUUGCACUCUAUCCUGUUUCUGUUGUAAAAACCAGGCUUCAGGUUGCUUCAAAAGAUGUUGCUGAGAAAAAUGCAUUUUCGGUUGUUAGAGGCAUACUGAAAACGGAUGGGAUUCCAGGUCUAUACAGAGGAUUUGGUACAGUCAUCACAGGCGCAAUUCCUGCAAGGAUCCUAUUUCUUACUGCUUUAGAAACCACAAAAGUUGCUGCUUUCAAGAUGGUUGAACCAUUUAAAUUUUCUGAACCUACACAGGCAGCCAUAGCAAAUGGCAUCGGUGGCAUGUCAGCAUCACUUUGUUCUCAAGCAGUGUUUGUUCCAAUUGAUGUGGUGAGUCAAAAGUUGAUGGUACAAGGGUAUUCGGGCCAUGCAAAGUAUAGUGGAGGUCUGGAUGUUGCUCGUAAAAUUAUAAAGUCUGAUGGCAUUCGAGGAUUAUAUAGAGGGUUUGGUCUUUCUGUUAUUACGUAUUCCCCAUCUAGUGCUGUAUGGUGGGCAAGUUAUGGUUCAAGCCAACGUGUCAUUUGGAGUCUGUUAGGCAAUCGAGCUGAAUUUAAGGAUGCCACUCCAAGCCAGUUGACGAUAAUGUCAGUUCAAGCUUUUGGAGGAAUUAUUGCUGGUGCAACAGCGUCCUUAAUAACAACCCCUUUGGACACUAUUAAAACUCGUUUACAGGUCAUGGGACAUGAAAAAAGACCUUCUGCGAGAGGGGUUGUCGAAAAAUUAAUAGCAGAUGAUGGUUGGAAAGGAUUUUACAGAGGGUUGGGUCCAAGAUUUUUCAGCAUGUCGGCUUGGGGAACCUCGAUGAUAUUAGCAUAUGAGUACUUGAAGAGAUUGUGUGCAAAAGAUGAAUAGGUUUUGUAAGAUCUUUCUCCGUACAACCUCUGCUUCUUGCUGCCUGCAUGAAUGGUAGAGAUUUUCUUCUGCAGCUGAUGGGAAUAUCCAUCAUACUUUUGAAGAUUUGUUUGCUAGAACAUGGGGAUUAUUUUUUCUGUUCUCCAGAUCCAGAUACAAAUCUAACUGUACACCACAGCCAAUUGUUUUUACCAUUUUAUUUGAGGAGCCAACCUCAUGGCUGUACACCGGGUUAUAUACUGAUUUUUUUUUUUUUUGAAUUUUUUGUUGGAUCCAGUCAAGAUUCUUUAAAGCUAGGCCGAACUUGAAAUCAAUUAGACGUAGCAAGUGUAUAAUUCUUUUAAUACACAAUAUACAGUGAAUCAGAGCAAGGGAUUUAGUUUCCAA